CCAUGCCCUGCCGUCUCGAGCCACCUAACCUUGCACCAACGCACAAGCGCUCUCUCCCUCUCCCGCAACGCGCUUAAGGAAGAAUCCGGUAGAGGGAGAAGGGGAGAGAGAGAGCCAUGAAGACGUCGAGCGGCAGCCAUGUGAUCGGAGUGGCAGUCACCUCCAAGGCGUACGCCAUCGAGGAGGGGACGAGGGACCGGCCGGCGGCUAAGAAGGACGGCGAUCGCCUUGCGGUCUCGCUGACGCACCCGAGCCCCUACGCGUCUUUCAGCUACAAGCACAGCAGCAAGGGUCAGGAAAACCACUGGGUGAACAAGCUGGGAAGACGAGCUCAGAGCUUCAGGGACCAUGUGACACUGGGGCCGAAGCUCUCGGAGACGGUGAAGGGAAAGCUGAGCCUGGGCGCGAGGAUCCUGCAGGCUGGUGGCGUGGAGCGCGUGUUCCGGCAUGCCUUCUCGGCCGAGAAAGGCGAGCGGCUGGUGAAGGCCCUCCAGUGCUACCUCUACACCACCGGCGGCCCCAUCGCCGGGAUGCUCUUCGUCUCCACCCGCAGGAUCGCCUUCCGCAGCGACCGCUCCCUCGCCGUCACCUCCCCGGCCGGCGACGUCGUCGCCCGGGUUCCCUACAAGGUGGUGGUUCCCCUCAGGCGGAUCAAGCGGGUGAGGCCGAGCGAGAACGCCGAUAAGCCGGAGCAGAAGUACAUACAGGUGGCGACGGUGGACGGCUUCGAGUUCUGGUUCAUGGGGUUCGUCAGCUACCAGAGAUGCUGCAAGUACAUGCUCCAGGUGAUCUCCGAGCUGUGAUCGGCGAGGGCGGGGGUCGAGGCGUGUCCGGUUGCCGUGGAGGUGGAGGUCCGUGGGAGCGAGCGUGCGUCCUGUCAGUAUGGCAGUCGAAGUGAUGAAGUUUGUGGGCUACUGCACACAGCAACGUCUUGUUGGAACGUUGGUAGCCUCGAACUGCUCCACCACCUUUUUGAUGGGGGCACGUUCCUUCCGCUUGCGAUUUGGGUUGGUUGACGAUUGUUUGGUCACCCAAGUUCUGUUAAUUGCUACUGUAGGAUUGAUGGACCAAGGAACUUGGUUUCGCCAAAUGAAAAUAUUUAAAUUGUUCUCACAAGGACGACAGGAUUUAAAUUUUUCA